UACUCAAUGUAAUGCGGCUUCCGCCCUUUUCUAUCCUCUUUUUCCGCUGACAGGUUCGUCAACAUGUCUUCUCAUCUGCAGUGGAUGGUCAUUAGGAACUGCUCCAGCUUCCUCAUCAAGAGGAAUGGACAGACUUACAGCACCGAGCCCAACAACCUGAAGUCCAAGAACUCCUUCCGUUUCAACGGGCUGGUGCACAGGAAGACUGUUGGUGUUCAGCCUGCAGCUGAUGGAAAGGGUGUUGUUGUCGUGCUGAAGAAGCGUGCAGGCCAGCGCAAGCCCGCCACUUCAUAUGAGAAGAUCACCAUCAACAAGAACUCGCGUGCCACUCUGAGCAGCCUGAGGCACAUCAUCCGCAAGAACAACUACAGGAAGGACCUGCGCAUGGCUGCUCUGCGUCGUGCCAGCGCCAUCCUGUUGAGCCGAAGCGUGUGGUGGUGGUGAAGAGGCGUUCCAAGGCUGCCAAGACUGCAUAAAGUUGCCGAGUUAUGACAAAUAAAAAUAAAUGUUGGGUUUGAAAAACA